AUGGGAGACUCGCGCCCGACUCAUAAGCACGCUGACGAUGACGGCCACUUUCGACGAAAGGAUAGCGUCUUCCGUGAUUGGAUCUCGACAGAACCAGGCGCCAGAUUUCCUCCUGAGCCCAAUCGAUAUGCCAUUUAUGCGAAUCUAGGAUGUCCAUGGGCCCACCGAACCAUUCUCGUCCGCGGCCUUAAGUCUCUCGACCCUUUCAUUCAACUCAUUCUGACCGAUUUUGACUUGACCGAGAAUGGCUGGCUGUUCACAGGCCGUAACGGGUCGGAGCCCAAGGACCCCCUGUAUGGCUUCACCGGCUUGAAGCAACUCUACCUCAAGGCCAAUCCGGAAUAUGAGGGCCGGUAUACGGUCCCUGUAUUGUGGGAUAAGAAGACGGAAACAAUUGUGAACAACGAAUCGAGCGAGAUCAUUCGCAUGCUGUAUGAUUCUUUCGACGAGUUCCUGGAACCCGACCUCCGCGAGGUCAACAGGCCAGGCGGUGGCUUCUAUCCGACCCACCUCCGCAAGGACAUUGAUUCCAUGAACGAUUGGGUCUACAACACAGUAAACAACGGCGUAUACAAAUGCGGUUUCGCAACUUCCCAGGAGGCUUAUGACACUAACGUCUACCCGCUGUUCAAGUCCCUUGAUAGACUGGAAGCACACCUUGCCGACCCGGCUCACCAGCCCUUCCUGUUCGGCGAACACAUCACCGAAGCUGACAUCAGGCUGUACACAACGAUGGCUCGUUUUGAUGUCGCCUAUCAUAGCAUCUUUCAAUGUAACCUGAAGAUGAUUCGGCAUGAUUACCCUCGUCUGUCGAAAUGGCUACGGAAUCUGUACUGGGACGAAUCCGAGCGCACAAACGGGGGCGUUUUCAAGAAGACUACUUUCUUCGAGAUCUACAAAUACGGUUAUUUGCGGGCGAAAGUGCGCCAGCUUCACGGCGGUCUUGAUCGUGGUAUUCCCCUGGUCAUACCGCGCGGACCCCUACCGGACAUUGAGCCACUCACGGACGAGGAGGAAGGUGAGCUUAUCAACGGCACAGCGAAGAAGCUCGAGAGCACCACGGCCUCGAGCCCCAGCAGCCACAAUCCCUUUUCGGCCCAGGGAGAAAAAAGCGGCACGGGUGCCAUUUUCGGCACAGACGUCGACUCGCCCGCGACAAACAAGGGUGACGAAGAUGACGGCGGCACAGGGGUCGAUGAGGAAGGCGAGUUCCACCCCCGUCGCGUGGUUCAGCAUCGCACCGCGCACGGUGACGAGAACGCCAAAUGGUACAAGGCUGCAAAGAAGGCCGAGAAACAAGAGGGCGCGCCAAGCCUGCAUCUCGCCUUGUAA